GUGAUGAGGUUGGAAUUUGGGAAGAGGCACCCACAGAAGCAGUGAAAGUGAUGCAUGGGUCAGAAACACCUGGUACUGUGGAAUGUGAAAGUCUGUUUCUGGCACGUCUGAAUUUCAUCUGGAAGGGUUUUAUCAAUAUGCCUUCAGUGGCAAAGUUUGUGAUUAAGGCUUAUCCAGUUUCUGGCUCUUUUGAGUAUUUAACAGAGGAUUUACCGGAUAGUAUUCAAGUUGGUGGCAGGAUAUCUCCUCACACUGUCUGGGAGUACGUAGAAAAAAUCAAAGCUUCGGGGACCAAGGAGAUCUGUGUAGUUCGCUUUACUCCUGUAACUGAAGAGGAUCAGAUAUCCUACGCGUUGUUGUUUGCCUAUUUCAGCAGUAGAAAACGCUAUGGUGUUGCGGCCAAUAACAUGAAGCAAGUGAAAGAUUUGUACCUCAUCCCUUUAGGUUCCUCAGAUAAAGUCCCGCAUCAUCUUGUGCCUUUCGAUGGGCCUGGGAUUGAAAUACAUCGACCAAAUUUAUUACUGGGAUUGAUAAUUCGCCAGAAAAUGAAGAGGCAGAUUACUGCUGUUGCAAGCGUUACCAGUAGUUUUGUGGAUGAAGCUUCUGAAAGUACUUUGACUAACUUGCCACCAGAGAAGAAAAGCAAGCCAAACAAACCUGAAGUCUCUCAUCAUGAGUUGGCACUAGAAGAAGAAGAAGAAAAUGACUUUUUUAAUUCCUUCACAACUGUGCUACACAAGCAGAGAAAUAAACCUCAGCAAUCUAAUAUAGAUGAUGUUCCAGCAGUUACUGAACCAUUGGUGGAAAGUACCAAACAUGAGCCACCGAAGCCUCUCAGGUUUCUUCCCGGAGUCCUGGUUGGAUGGGAGAAUCAGCCUUCUACUCUGGAGCUUGCAAAUAAACCCUUGCCAGUGGAUGAUAUUCUCCAAAGCCUGUUGGGUACGACAGGGCAGGUGUAUGAACACGGCAAGUCAGAAGCGAGUCCCAGUGAAGACAUACCCUUACUAAAUGAACAAGCAACCUUAAAAGAAGAAAACAUGGAUGUUACUGAGGUAACGACUGAAGUUAGCGAAGCAAAGACUGGUUUGGAUGAUCUGCAAGAAUCCACUAACGCGGCUGUAACUGCGGAUGCAGCAGCUCUAGGGACCUCAAGUUCUGCAAGAAGUGCUGGGUCUUUGACAGGGCUGAGUCUUAAAGGAAAACCUCCAGAUGUCUCCACAGAAGCAUUUUUAGCAAAUUUAUCUGCUCAGUCACAGAAUGAAGAAAGUAAAGAAAAUGACCCAAAGCGGCAGUUACCCGACAAGGAUAGCACUUCACAGGAAGUUAAAAGGACCACAAAUUCCAGCUUUUCUUCUUCCUCAUCAAAUUCAGGGAAAAAACCCAAUGAGAACAACGUUAAUGUGGGCUCUGCUGAAGGUACCACUGCUAAUACCUCUAAAUCACCACCAUUUAUUAAUCUUAAGAGAGACCCACGACAGGCAGCUGGGCGAAGUCAGCAGACUAACGCUUCGGAAAACAAGGAAGGAGACGUCAGCAGAAACGAAGACCGACAGAAUGCUUCAGGAAAUGAUCAAAUGGAACCAGAAAAUAAACAGUCUUCUGGAGAAGCGGAGUACAGUUCAUCUGCAGCAAAAGCAGAUAACGCAGGUGCAUCGCAAGCAGAAGAUACGAAACGCUCACAGGAAGACGCGCUGAUGCAAAACGUUGAAGCAGUGAACUCCUUUAGAAGAGGACCAGCAGCAACUUCAUCUCAUUUUGAAACGGAAAACUCUUCUCGUUCUGAAUUUAUUUCCAAAGUCCCAAGCCCUGUUACAAGCGGCAGCUUCUCAUCUGUUAGACCUCCACAGCAGAAUUUUCAGCAUCCUAAAUCUAAUCCACCUGGAUUCCAGUUUCAGGCUCCUGCACCUCAUAACUUCCCUCCACAAAACAACCCUAUGUUUGGAUUUCCUCCUCACCUACCACCUCCACUUCUUCCUCCUCCAGGCUUUGGCUUUCCUCAAAAUCCAAUGAUGCCAUGGCCACCAGUAGCUCAUUUAUCAGGUCAGCCACCACACUAUGCUGGACCCAUUGCACAAGGGCUACCGGUGGCUCACAAACAAUCCAGGUUUUUGGGGCCAGAAAAUUUCUUUCAGGGUAAAGACAGUAGGAGACCAGAAAGACGCCACAGCGAUCCUUGGGGCAGACAAGAACAGCAUUUGGAGAGAGGGUUCAGUAGAGGAAAAAAUGAUCAACAUAGACAGAGAUUUUACAGUGAAUCCCAUCACCAAAAGAAAGACAGACAUGAAAAAGAGUGGAACAACGAAAAAUACUGGGAGCAAGAUUCUGAAAGAAAUAGACGCAGAGACAGAAACCAGGAAAAAGAGAGAGAGAGGAAAAGUAGAGAGGAAGGACAGAGAGACAAAGAAAGAUUGCGAUCUCCACACAGUGAUAAGGCUGCUGAUGGAAAAAGCCCCAGAGAGACUAGAAAUCCAGAAAAAAAGACGGAGAAGCCUAAAAGUGAAGAACAGGCGCAGGAAAAAGAUAAGGAGAGGGAGAAAAGCAAAGAGAAGCAUAGAGAACGAGAGGGUGAAAAGAACAGAGAGAGACAUAGGGACCACAGUGACAGAACUAAAAACAAAAGGUAA